CAUCAAACCUGUGUUUCGCCUGUAGUUGUAGGUUAUGUGCUGAAUGAAACGAUGAGCGCAAAUGAGGUAAAUCGAGAAAAAGAAGAGUGUGUCUCGGGGGAAAGCGAUGACGACGACUUCCAGUAUGAAGAAGUAUCCCUGGGAGAUGACUGCAGUUUGACAGAGCUGGAGGAAGAUUUGGAGGCAACGCUAAAAGCCAUCCAAGACCGCGCAGAGGCCAGCGACACCUCUCACAGGCCCCAAGCGUCCACCACACACCGAACCCAGGCCGUGGACGCCUUUCUACGCGACUUCCUGGUCCAAAUGAGCAUGACCGAAACCCUCGAUUGCUUCCAGACCGAGUGGGCCGAGAUGGCGCGGAAAGGCCCGGUGGUCCCAGAACAAUUCGGCGCGUUGCCGGACGUGUACGCCGAAAACCAGCGUCUGGACGGCGAGCUGAAGGACGCGCGUCGGGAGGGCGAGGAGUACAGGCUGGCGGCGUCUGCCGCUGCCGGGACGCUCGCGAGGGUCCAGAAAGACAGAGACCUCCACCGGCUGCGACACAAGCGGGUUGUCCAGGAGAAGAACGCGGUCGUCGAGGAGAUUAGAAAGCUCACAGCACAAUGCAGCAACCACUACGAACCCGCCCUGAGGAGAGCGAAUGAAAAGUACCAAGCGGUCUUAAAGCAGACCGAGCUGGCGACCCUGGAGAGGGACGAGACCUUAGCGGGCCUACAGGUGAACAGUCAGGACGGGGAUGCACGCGGAGAAGGUGCGAGAGGGACAACUCAACCAGCCAAGACCUCAUCCACCUGCGAAUAGUCAAAUCAAGGCAAAUGUUUGUUGGAAUACAUUUAUAAAACGUAUUUCCUGAAGCCUGAAAUUAAUGUUUGGAAAACUUUUCACAAUAUAAAAUAAACAAUGCACUUUAUACAGCACUA